AUGGGAAAUUUUGUUAAGAAUUAAGAAGUAAUAUAGAAAAAUUAGGAUGAAAGUAAAUAGAAAAUAAUAAAAUUUUUAGUAACAUAGAGUUUAGUCCAAGAUUCUCCUAAUAUUUUGAUAAAACAAUCUAAAAUUGGAAAUGUGGAGAUUAUAAAAUUGAAUAUGUAAAUAAUUGAAGUGGAAUUAAUCUAUGAUUCAGUUGAUAAAAUCUAAGUGGAUUUAAUAUAUAGUAGUUAAGUAAAUUGUUCAUUAUCAUUCUACACAUUUAUAACAGAGAUUAAGGGAUCUAAAUAACAAAGGUUUAGAUUAUAAUAAUACUAAUUAGAUUUGAAAGAACUAUGUAAGAGAGUAUAAUUUAGAAGUUCAGAUGUCCCUAAGGUUUGAAUCAUCAAUUUCCUUCUCGAUAUAUUGAAUUUAUGAUUACAGAUUUGCUAAAAUUUAACAGAAUAAAGACCACUCCUGAAGUUUAGCAUCAUACUCUUAUAAUUGAGAUGGUAAAUUUAUAUUUUUCAUUUAGACAGAGAAGUCUUACAUCCAAAAGUAUUUAGAUAAUAUACUUUUAUAAGAUAGAUUGUAAUGAAUAAACAUUUCGAUGUGAAUUAAUAAAUACUAAAUAAAUAAUAGUAUACAAAAAUCGUAUAUUUGAAAUUCAUGAAUUAUAUGGAGUUAAAAACACUCCUUUUAAUCCAGAAUGGAAUCCCAAUACUGUUGAAGAUAAAGAAUGUGUAAUAUGCUUUUGUAAUAUGAUAAACACUGUUCUUUUACCAUGUAAACAUAUGUGCACUUGUUCAAUAUGUGCUGAUCAUAUAUUAAUGAAUUAAAAAGUAAAAUAAUGUCCACUGUGUAGAAUUGAUAUUGAUAAUUAUUUAACUUUAGAAAUUAAAGAUAAAGUAAAGUAAGAUUUAUAAUUACGAUAAUUUUAAGAAGAGUAAUAGAGAUAUUUAGAAGCUUUUAAGGAGAAAAAGGACAACUAAGCUAUCAAAUAAAGUUAAAUUAUAGAAUAAUUAAAAUCUAAGGUUCAUUAAGAUUAAAUGCAAAAAUUAAAAUUAUUUAAUGAUAUUGAUGAUUUCCAAAGAAAUAAUUAAAAUAAUCAAGGUUUUUACAGCAAUGAAAUUUGUUAUUCAAACGAAGAAAAUCUAAGUGAACGUGAUAAUAAAUAAAAUUAAAAUUCAUCUCAUGGUAAGAUCAAAUAAUUUAGUGAAGAAGACAUUAACUUAAAAGCUAUGUAAUUUAGUGAGGAUGAUAAAUAACGUUAUUCAUCAAACUAAAGAAUCAGUAGCUAUGAUUUAAAAUAGGAAGGAGGAAUUAUUAGUAGUUUUUAACAUUCUCAAGAAAAAUAAAACGAUUAAUAAUAAUAAAAUUCUGAUGAGAGCGAUAUUUCUCAAGAAUUUCCAUAAUCUUCAUCAUCAAAAUAACAAUAGUGUUAGUAUUCAUUUGAUUAUUUAAAUUAUGAUGAAUAAUCUCAUUAUAAUACUUAAUAGUAAUUACCUAAUACUGAAAGAUAAUUUGUUUCAAAGCAACAAUUUCAAUUUGUUUAGGGAAUUGAUAAAGCCCUUCCAACUAUACCUGAAUAUUUUAAAGAAAGUUCGGAUUUUUUUUAAUAAAUUAUAAAUAAUGAUAAAGAUGAUAUCAUAAAAUAGAAUAAUUUUGACAAUCAAUAAAAUAAAUAAUUCGAUGAAUAUUCUUCAAUAUAAUCAUAGGAAUUAUACAAAUCUAUAUAAUAAUAAUAAUAAUAAUAAUAAUAAUAAUAAUAAUAAUAAUAAUAAUAAUAAUAAUAAUCAAAUAGAUCAUUAAUGAAAUAAAAAAAUUAACAAAUAUAAUUUUGUUAAUUAUAAUAAAAUAAUUUUGAAUAAGAAGAUGUUAUUUUGAAUUAAUUUUUUUAAAAUGAUAUUUUUCAAGAAGUUGGAAAUGAUUAAAAAAAACAAACAGAGUUAGAAAAUGAUAUUCCUUAAGAACAACUAAUUAAUAGUUAUGUUUCAAUAAAUAAAUAAUAAAAUGAAACAGAUUGUAAUAAUAAUAUUUAGAAUAAAGACACUUUAAAAUAAUAGGAAGAUCAUGAAGAUUAUAGUUUAGUUUAGAAAAAUAAUAAUCUAGACUAAAAUAAUUAUGAAGAGAAAUUUUCAUAAUAAUAAAUAUAACAACAAGUUUAAGAGAAGAAUUACCCUUGUAAUUAAGAAUAAAAGAGCGAUUAAAUUUCAUUAAUAGUUUUUGAUUGA